UUUAAAAUAGGCAUGAGGAAAAUUUUUACAAAGAAUGAAAAUAAAGCUGAUAAUUCAACCCAUAAUUCAUUUAUCGGGCGAAGUUUUGCUUUUGAAAAUCUAAUUGUAAUUGUAGAGAAUAUUAUUGCAGAAGGUGGAUUUUCUAUAGUGUUUUUGGUAAAAAAUGACAACGUCAAUGAGAAAAAUAGCAAAUAUUUUGCCCUGAAAAGGAUGCUUGUUAAUAAUAUUAAGGAUUUGGAAGUUUGUAAAAGGGAAAUUGAGAUACUUAAAUCCAUAUCUGGCCAUAAAAAUUUAAUAUCAUUGGUGGAUUUCAACAUCAAGGAACUAAAUGGAUCUAAUUGUAAAUAUAAUCAAAAAUUAGAUCUUUCAUCAAAUCCAACUGAUGAAGACUCAAUUUAUGAAGUUUUAAUUGUAAUGGACUAUUGUAAAGAUAACCUUUUAAGACAAAUGAAUGAACGAAUAAAAGAUGGGGGUCUAGAAGAAACUUUUGUUCUAUCUAUAUUUUAUGAUAUUUGUUGUGCAGUAACAAGACUUCAUAAGAAUUACCCUUUUCCAAUUAUUCACCGUGAUUUAAAAGUUGAAAAUAUAUUGUGGCAUUCUAAGUCAGGACAUUAUAUUUUAUGUGAUUUUGGGAGCUGCAUUUAUCAAUAUGAUCAUGGCCUUAAUAAAAAUAGCCCAAAAGAUGAAAAAGUUAUUGAGAGAUUAAAGUCUUUUGAAAGCUUAACACCACAUAGCAUCCCUGCUUUGGAAGAGGAUAUCAAAAAAUAUACAACAUUGGCUUACAGAAGUCCGGAAAUGGUUGAUUUAUAUUCAGGCCUGCCUAUUACUACCAAAGCUGAUAUUUGGGCAUUGGGAUGUUUGCUAUACAAGUUAUGUUUUAUGACAACUCCUUUUGGUGAAAACACUUUAGCUAUACAUGAGGCAUCAUUUUCUUUCCCUAGAACUUCUCAAUAUUCCCUGCAGUUGCAUGCACUCAUAAGAUAUUUACUAAAGCCUAACCCCAAUGAUAGACCUGACAUAACUUUGUUAACAAAAUUAGUUAAACAUCUUUUGCUAAAAUCUUCAAAUGAUAUUAUCAUAGAUGAAACUUCUCUAACAAAUAACUUAAAUCACUGUCAUGAUGCAGAAACUAUUAUGGAGGAUCUAACACGAGAAUAUCUUCUUUAUGAAAAUAAAACACGUAAUGAAUGUCAAGAAUCCAACAGCAGUAAAGGGAAUAAUUUGGAGCAAAGAAAUCUCACUUCCAAAUAUAACGACCAAGCCCCUACAACCUAUCAUCUUAAUUAUGAAACAUCCAUAAAACCGCGUCAAAGGCCCAAAAAAUUUGGACACAAGCUUGAUAAUGUAGAUUUAGACGCAUUUGUUAAGCUCAAGGUAACUGGAUUAGCCGAACAAGAAACUUAUAAUGACACUUUUGAUGCCUUCAAUUCCUAUUUCCUCACCGAUCAACCUAAUUACUCGAGUUCUAAUGAAAUUGCAGAUGGUGAAAACAUAUUUGAAGAUGCUUUCGCGGUAAGCUCCACUAUGGCUUGGAACCCCUUUGAAAUGGAAAACCCACUCUCGUAUACACAUAAUAAAUUUAAAGGCUCAUUAACUAGCAUAUCGAACGUCAAAAGCCGGGAAAGCCUAAUAAUAUCCGAUGAUGACACCUCGUCAUCGAGUUAUUCUUCUAAUCACUCCUCGUCCUUACUAUAUGAUCAUUCAGAUCACUCAAAUUAUAGAUUAUCAGGAUCAGAACCAGAUGGACCACCGCCUUCUUACCAGCCUCCUCUACCUCCUCCACACACUCUGCUACAACCACACAAGUCUAAGAGGCAUAAUAGAGUCAGAGCACAAUAUACCAAUGAAAACCCUUUUGAUAACAUUCCCUUCAAAAUUUUCCCGUCAGAUCAAUCAUUACAAACUCAACAACAAAAUUCACACACUAGCCAUGCCUUACCUAAUCCCCUCAUAGAACCUCAACACCUUCGAAGAUUAUCUAAAUCGCCUUUGUUCCAUGAAUCAAUCGCUAACAAUCUCGAUAGUUACGAUAUGCUUAGCGAUGACGAUCAAUCUAAAAUACCACCUAAAGAUGACUUUGUAGCUAAAAGCGUAAUAAAAAAUGAACGAACGAUGGACUACGUUAAUAUUAAUGCUAAAUAUUCCACGUUGGGUUACGAUAAGUAUCCCGAUAUCAAUGACGAAAAUGUUUCCAGGAAAGCUCACGCAAAUAAGGCGGUCAAACAUUUAAGCAGUUCUCAUUCGUUUCUUAGCCACAUUCCCAUCGCCAACAAAAUGAUUCUUCAUCAUGCCAAAAAGAAAAAUAGUCUUGUUACUCUACCUAAGAGUGACAGCAAUAGUAUCACGAUUUCCAAUGAUGAUUUAGAUCCACACCAUGACAAUGUAUCCACCAUCAAAUGCAAGUACGGUAAGCUAACCGAGGAAGAACCAGAAAGCGAACAACUAAAUAAAGAUCCUAAUAAUGCUCCAUCCCAUCCCAACGUUAAAUCCAAAUCCGAUUCUUAUAGACUCUUAAAGUUGGCUCCUUCGACAACUUCUUUCAACAAACCAACGUCCAAAUAUGUGAAUAGUAUAUCUUCUCACGAUAAUAAUGCUAACUCUAAACUUCGAGAAGAAAAAACUACAGAAGGCGAGAAAACGAUGGACGAGCUCAGAUACGAUGCAGAAUACUUAGAAGAAGAAGUUUAUGAAGGGGACGACUAUGGCGAUGAUUACAAAUUUUUGCCCUGCAAUGACAAAUGGAACAAAGUUAAAAAAGUUGGAACUGCCCAUGUAUCGAACAACACUUUAAAGUACGCAUCGAUCAAUAAUACUGAAACCCCUGCUCAUCCCGACACAUUUUUUCAUUUUAGAGGAGACAUAGGGUUGCUUAAAAAUUACUCCAAAAAGCAACAUUGUAGAAGUAACAGUUUGGUAUCUACCGAUAACUCGCACAUAACCUCUCAAACUGAAAAUACUUUCACGACUUGUAAUAAGAAAAUGGAGCCCAUUAAAACGGAAUCAAGCGGACGCAUGUCUGAACCCAAAAAAGGGAAGGAAAGCAAGAAACUUACCACGCCUUUAACGCCAUCAAGUUUCUCGAAUAUUCUUUUCGAUCAAUCUUCUCUCGCUACAAAUCCCCAAACUUCUGCCUUUAAUGAAGCUGUUUCCAAUCCAAAUAUUCAAAUUAAAAAGUUGCACAAAUUAUCAAAAGAAAAAAUUACCACAUCGCCAGCAGCCGCCAUAAAUUACGGAUUUUCUGACAGAUAAUUUCUUUUUUGUUAACCAUCGUAAUAUCAAAAAAAAUUUAUUUAAAUGAUAUAGUUUAAUUUGUCACUCGUUUGAGAUUAAGUCUAAAACAAUUACUCUAAAAUUUUUGGUUACAUAUGUUCUUACAUGCAUCGAAUCUACAAUUUUUCGUUAGCUAUCAAAAUUUUUUAAAAAUAAUCUUAAAAAUAUCCCGGUUUUUUUUAUUUAAUUACACAAAACGUUUAUUAACUUAUAUUAUGUUCUAUUCGUUUCUACCCUGCUUUUAAAAGCACAAAAUGUUAUUUAUUAUUAAUUAAAGAUAUGAUAUAUAACACGCUUUAAAUUCAUUUAAUAUAAUCAUCUUACACAAUUCUUUUCCAACAAUUAU